GAAGAGGGAAGAAAGAUGCGCGGGUACGACCCGAAACCCGGGGGGGGGGGGCCUGAGGUGUGUGUCGUGGUCCCCCCCCCCGCCCCGGUAACGCGAAUCUGCGGCGGCGACAAAGCAGCCCGCGCAAGUUGUGGCGCACCUCCGGUGACGGCGCGCAUGCGCAGACACCCACCCCCCCCACCCCCCCCCCCCCCCCCCCCGUGUCUCGCGCCCCGAGCGUCCGGUGCCCUGUACGUGGCGGGGGGAGCCGCCAUGCUGGUGCCGGUGGGGGUCCUACGCCUGCCGCGGGGUCCCGAAGGUUCCAGCCGAGGUUUCAACCCCGCUUCACCCCGAUUCCAAGCGCUUCUCGGGGGGCAGAUGACGGCGCAGGCGGUGCGGGCAAACCUCCGGCAACGUUACCUACGGGGACUGGGGGCUGCCCGGGGUCGUCCCACCCGAUUUUACCUCCGGGCGGGGGUCCAGGUGGAUGCCGUUUUCGGCGCCGCCGAUGUGGACGCCGUGGCGUUCCAGGUGGAUGCCCUACGGACCCCCCUGGGGGUGCAGGCGGCCGCACUGCUGCGUUACACCGAUGUCCUCGCCUACACCUUCCUCCUCGAGUGACCCGUUAAUUAAAACAAAAAAAACCUUUUUCCAACAAAA